AUGUGUCAUUCCCUUUUGUUUUCAGGGACGAUUCCGCUGCCACGGGUAGAGUGUAAAGAUAUCGCUCCGAAUGAGAAAGUGGGGUGUUUAGUACCGGAAAAUACAAACAUGACCACGUGUCUUUUUCUUGGAUGCUGCUGGAAUGAUACGGAAGCAGAUUCUGCAAAGAAAUGUUACACCAAAAGGUAAAAGAAAACAAAGUUACUUUUAGAUAAGAAGAGACGGCAGAAACGUACCAUAAUGAAAGGAAUGAAAUUAGUAAAUUUUUCCUGUUCCCUUUCCACCCUUUUUAACAAAGACCAACCUCUGAUUUCUCCUUACAAUAUCACCCACUGAAUCCCACAUAAAGGUGAUAAGAAUUAAUGAAAUGAUCACCAACUUAAGAACUUCUUGAUUGUCAAACUCAUUCUCCUUGUGAGCAACGUAGGAAAUGUACGGAGAACAGUAUGGAGAAUAUGCACACUGAUGUUGGGGUGUAAAGGCUUAAUUCAAGACGAAACAAGAAAAGAAACGAAGACAAAUCAAAGACAAAAAUAAACAAGCUCAAUAAAAAAAAAUGGAGAUAGUUACACAAUUCGCAAAAAUAAUAUUUUUAAAUCGGUGUGAGUGUGGGGAAUAUUAGUAAGGAACCCACACUGUCGCUUUUCUCUUCGAGUCCCACCGGGGGUGGAUUACCUUUUAUUUUUCCCUGGUAGUAAGUGUUUAGAAUUUCGAGUUAGCCAAUUUUUCCAACUUUUUUGGGCAAAAAUUUCUUUCCUUGACUCACCGAGUGGAAUUUUAGAGGGGAAAUUUUGAGCGCAUACUCAUGGUCUUCUUGCUCCGAUGACUUUGACUUUCCACGCAUUACCUUAUAAAAUAUUAUUCUCCGCUGGGAUUGGUUGGUUUCCAACAGCUGUGAGUGGUGUAUGUCAAUUAUUUGUCCCUUAGCGGGCCGAUCAAAGCAAUAUUGCAAAGAAUUGACCACGAUGCUAUUAACACUGGUUUUUGUCUCUUUCUUCGUACUUCCCCUAUGAAUGGUCAAUUUAGCUGACCAUAUUUCACAGAACGGCCCGCUGAAUUCCAAAUUUUGUGUAAAUUGAAAUUCUAUCCCUCCAUUUAGACCCAUUCUUUUCCGUUCGGAUUUAAGGCCCGCGCGCUUCGAACCUGGGCCAUAAAUUCGAGUAGACAAUAAAAUUCGGUCCGUAACUUACAGUACUCGGUUGAUAAGAAGUAAAAAUAGCGGUUUGAUCAAGAUAUAGGAAGUUCAGUACUAACCUAUUUCUAUUUUUUCUUUGUUUAGAGGAGGAUCCUGCAUGCCUUAUCGAGGAAAAGUUUGCCAAGUGUCAUUCAACUCGACCCUCCCAACUUACCGCAACAGUGACCGUUUCUUUGACAACAAAUUCGGCUUGCCAGCCACCGAAGAAUUUCUUACUAGGGGUGUAGAAAUAAUCAACACGCUUGUGAAGGACGACGAAAAGUGCAGAUACAUCUUAAUAAAUAUGCUUUGUCAUUAUACUGUGCCUCCAUGUUACUCGGAUGGCACAGACAUAAAGUACUGUAGGGAAGACUGUGCGGCCAUUUUCAAGGAAUGUAACGCCCCCCUGAAUCAAGUGAUUGGUGCCGUGACGUUGCAUGUUGCUGUGGGAAAGAUUGAUUUUAUACAUACAAGUCUACCGAACUGUUCCAGGCACCAUAAGGAAGGAUAUUUUGAAAACAAACCAGGAAAGAUCUGUAUCAAGACAGGCUUUUUUAGUAAGUGAACAUUUAUUAAGUAAUAAGAAACUUUUGGUGUGACAUCAAAUUCUCUUUGUGUUGCACAAGGAAAUAUAUAGCAAUUUGGUAGAAUCUCGCAGUCUCAUGAAUUCCCUACGGCUUUUCCAGCGCCCACUAUCAUGCGUAACUAAAAAUCUAUAUCGGUUUAUUGCCGUAAUAAUCCAUUGAUAGCGGUGUUUUAGAGAGCAAAAGAAAAUAUUUCGUGAAAGUCAAGCAGAAGCAAAGUGGUUCUUAAGAUUUAGAAUAUUGUUCAGCCAUGGCAAGUGGUUAUUACAUAUUUUCCAUAACUGUAGAAAUUCUCGCAAGCUCAUUGGUCGAGAAUUAUUGUAAAUAAGGUUAUACGCGAUAAAAAUGACGUGGCAUGUAACGCAACGCUCGGCAAUCCUCGCCAUGUCGGAGAAAACACUUAUCUCGUAGAAGUAAUUGAAAUUUUCUGAGAUAUUGACAGUAAGAAACUUCCGGAUUUUAAGAUCGAUAUACUUAGAAAAAUGUCUGAAGAAGAACUUGUCGAGAUGGAAGAAAAAACGGGGGAAAAUCUUCAGAGUUCUGUUCGCAAAGUUGAUAGAUGGCCAACCUCGUAGAAAUACUUGCUGAUACCAUGGCAAACGGCUAUUCAGGGCUACAGAGUCUACUACCAUCCAUUUCAUACUGGUAUUGCAUUGUACAAGUUAUUACGUAACUCAAGCUAAACAAACAACAAAGCAAGAGUCGAUCAUGUCACGCGCGCCUAAUUUUUCGAAAACUUUGGCGUAUUCAGCUGGCACAAAAAUUUCAGUGUUAUUGUAAAAAACAAAUUGAUCACAAUUUUCCAUUGUCUAUAACCUUGUUAGUCAUAGAAAUGACGUCAACAAUACUCAAAACUGUGCAGUGAAACAACUCGAUUGCCCUUCGUGGUUUCACUCUAGUUUUGAACAUUGUUGAAUUCUUUUCUAUGAUCAAUAGGGUUGUAGACAAAGGAAAAUUGUGGUCAAUUUGUUAAGCUGAAUCUAUAGCCUGUGAGCAAGGCCUCGUUAAUAGGGCUGCCGCCCGUGGAAAGAUUUGAAAAAAGCUAGGGACCUGGCACUAAUAAAAAGCCUUAUUAUCAGUGCCAGACCCCUGGCAGACCUCUCGCCUCAGGGCCUUAUACUUUCCCGCGGGGCCUGCUCGCACUGAAUCUUCAGAAAUUAAAUUGCAGUUUUUUCGCUUUUAUGAAAUACCAUCAUUGAUGUUUCAGCUUUGUGUGAUUUUUCCGGAGUAAUAUAUAGUGGUAUUUUAACCAUGCAGAGAGGGUAGAGUCUGGUAGUUAUUUAAAAAUGUUUAUAGUAAGUCAUUUUGAUUUUCUCAGAGCAAGUACUUUUAAACUAAUAUUCAACCAUAGAAGUUAACCCCCCCCCUCCCAAAGGAGGAACGAUAGGUACGAGAGAAAAGCGCCUUCUCGUACAUCACGAUGUUAAUUUACAGAUACAGAUGUUAGUCUGCUAUAGUAAAACUAUUUCAUUACAGGCAAUUUUCGUUUCAACCGAUCCAAGAAGUCGGCCUAAUCUGUGUUUUUCUUCUCUUCAGAUUAUACAGAGACCACGAUGGGUACAAACACUGAGAAACCAACCCCACAACCUGGUAGAAAACUGGAAAUUAUCCUUCCAAUUGUCAUAGUUUGCCUUUGCAUUAUUUUGCUAUGUGUUAUCGUGGUCAUGAUGUUAAUUUACAGAUACAGAUGUUAGUCUGCUACAGUAUAACGAUUUCAUUACAGACAAUUUUCGUUUCAACCGAUCCAAUAAGUCGGCCUAAUUUGCGUUUUUCUUCUCUUCAGAUUACACAGAGACCACGAUGGGUGCAAACACUGAGAAACCAACCCCACAACCUGGUAGAAAACUGGAAAUUAUCCUUCCAAUUGUCAUAGUUUGCCUUUGCAUUAUUUUGCUAUGUGUUAUCGUGGUCAUGAUGUUAAUUUACAGAUACAGAUGUUAGUCUGCUACAGUACAACUAUUUCAUUACAGACAAUUUUCGUUUCAACCGAUCCAAUAAGUCAGCCUAAUCUGUGUUUUUCUUCUCUUCAGAUUACACAGAGACCACGAUGGGUGCAAAUACUGAGAAACCAACCCCACAACCUGGUAGAAAACUGGAAAUUAUCCUUCCAAUUGUCAUAGUUUGCCUUUGCAUUAUUUUGCUAUGUGUUAUCGUGGUCGUUCUUCUUCGAAGACGUCAGAAAAUGAGGGACGCUGUGGAUAAUGGGCAUGCGCUAUCCCACAAAGGUUUCAUCACCAUGAGGGACAGGUUACGAGCGGAGUCCCUGAAGAGCCUGGACUCGCGCUUGUUAGGACUUUAUGACCCGAAAAAACUGAGGCAAUACAAUUUGGACCAUGUACAGUACGUGAAAGAUUUGGGAGAAGGUUUCUUUGGAAAAGUUUUUCAAGGUACUCUCUACCUAAUUAAAAUUCUACAAGUUUAUUUCAUCCUUUGACUCUGUGUAACUCUUUGCGCAUGUCUUCCACAUACAAUUUGCGAUGACUUUGUUUGCCUCAGGAGUAAAUAAGAUAGUUUUGUCAGCCAGGAGUAAAUGAAAAAAAAAAGCCAAAUUAUCUUUCAAUAGGAAACUACAGUGAAGUUUAGAGUGAGAUAGCGAACGGCAGUACACGCAAUUACUUCUAAUUACCCUCUUCUUAAGAACUGGAAUCAAUUCAUUAGUUAUUUUUAGCUCAUUGAAUGUGUAACGAGAGUGAGGAGCUGGAGGUGAGAAUGAGGCGUAUAUCCCCAGUCCCCUCAAGUUUUUUCCUCAAAAUUUUUUAAGAGUAUUGUACCUUAACAACGCAAUUUCAUAAUGAAUGUUCACUCGCAUAUCAGUUUUAUUCCUUGAAUAUUUGGUGGAGACGAAUUGAUAGGUUGUGGAGAUAUUACUGGGGACGUGAGGUAUGGCCCUGUACUUAAGGAGGUGGGGACAGGAUAUGUCACAGAACAUUGAAAUACUCAAAUCGAAGAUGUAGUAUGACUCAAUAUGCUGAUUAGGAUCACAUCUGGUUUUCAAAUCAUGACAUCAAGACAGCAGAAAGAGAGGUCUUGUAAAGCACAAAAGAUUUUUAAGGUACAACAACCAAAAACAAAACAAAAUAAAAGCAACGAGGAAUAGUUUUGUUUCGAAGAAAAACACGAUGAAGUAAAAAUUAACAGAAUGGAGAUAAAGGACAAAACAAAAAGUAAACAAAGGGAAAAAAUGGAAGAUAGUCAUACAAUUCGCAAGAACAAUUUUUUGAGAACGAUGUGAGAAGAUAGGAAGGGUUUAAUCUCACUUUGUGCAAAACUCUUCAAUAGAAACCAUACUCGUGAUUCUGCCUCGAAAUGAAUCUUAGCAUCCCGUAAUGGUCAAGUUACGCAAAAUGAGCAAAUAAAACUAUCUCAAUUGCCCAAAGGGAAGAAAUAAUAUUAUUGCAUAAAGAAGCAUUUCUGUUUUUUUACAAUUCAUUGCCACAUGUUAACAGGAACAUUAAAUCAACCUGAUGUUUACGUCACGGCAAUCAACAACUGUUGUAGAAAAUCAAAGCAGCGAGGAUUAUUUUUGUUUCGAAUAAAAACACGAUGAAAUAGCUUUAAUAAAAUGAAGCCCCCGUGGCGCAAUGGACUAGCGUGUUGGACUUCUAAUUCAAAGGUUGUGGGUUCGAGUCCCACCGGGGGUGGUUUUUUUUCCUUUGGCAUAAUAUAUGACUGUUAUUUUUUACUUGGAUGUUUCCAAUCAACUCGAAAUGAAUAUAAUCACAAAUUUAGGAAUUGUUCAUUUCAUCACCUUUACUUAACUCUUUAGAGGCAAAUUCCUUUCCUAACUUAGGCAUAUAGAGAUUCAUGUCGGCUCUCCAUUUACAUUUUAGGUCGCGCUUCGGGUCUGAAUGAUAAACAACCCAAAAAGGUUAUUCCUGUGGCGGUGAAGGCGUUGAAGGACGAAGCGUCCAAGGAACAGAAAGAAGAGUUUUACCGAGAAGUAACUCUGAUGUCCAUUCUUACACACCCAAAUAUUGUUCAGCUUCUAGCUGUGUCAACCGAGGAGGAACCCUAUGGAAUGCUGUUUGAGUUCAUGAGUGGCGGGGAUUUGAAUCAAUAUUUGAGGAAUGCACUACCAGCGGAAACAUCGCUUGAAUCCAGCGAGAAAGGGAAAGGUAGGCUUUGCCAUUGACCCAGUCGAGGGAAUGGAGCAAGCUUACCUUGUCUUGCGUAGAGGUGUUGCUGUUUAAGAAUGCAAAUGUACCACAUAUCUAACGCGAUAUAUAUGAUUUAACGCGAACUUCAAAAGCUCGGUAAUUUGCCUUUUAGUUUUUUUGCUGCGUUCACGUUGCGCUAAAUUAAUGAGACAAUACAUUUGUGAUUAUCGCCAGCGAGCCACACAUCAAAACUAGUUUUGCUCGGGUCUAGUGACUUCACUGCGAUGGAAAUCUUUGUCUAUACCGGUAUUAAUUUCGAGAUUCAGGCAAUCGAAUUUCUGGUUUUCGUACUAACUCUUAUUGCCCGUGAUAUAAUUGUAAUCUAAUAGGUGAUCAAAUUGCCUGGUAUACUAUUGAUGCACACAUAGUGGCAACAACUCAAAACCGGCAAGAAAAACUGAAGAACUUGCAAACGGUAGAUCUUCAACUUAACUGUGCCUUCUUGUCUUCUUUUUCGUCAGUUUAUCUCUCUCAAGAAUCCCUUGUGUCUGCCGCAACCCAGAUCGCUGCUGGCAUGCAUUAUUUAGCCGAGAUGAAAUUUGUUCAUAGGGACUUGGCGACAAGGAACUGUUUAGUCGGAGAUGACUUCGUUGUGAAGAUUGGAGAUUUUGGAAUGUCACGUGAUAUUUAUACUACAGAUUACUAUAAGGUAUGCUAAACAAACAAGUUUUCUUGUAGAGAAAGAUGUUUUCUCAUCUUGUCAAGAGCGUAGGACCAGCAAAAAAUUCUGAGUUCUCAUGACGAAUCGAACCUCACACCUUCGAAUCCCGCACUCCUAUGCUCUACCACUGAGCCACAGACUCUAUAUUGAGCAAGGCACAUUACGAAGUUUAUAUAUGACAUGGGUCCUGCAUACUGCUAGGAUCAGCAAUGUCAUUAGCGUCAUAUUUUAUAUAUAGAAUAAGAAAGCUGUUUAGAUUUGAGCUCGUUAAAGAAAUAGAGAGAGUUAAAGUUGUUAGACGGUUUCAGCUAAAGCGUUUACAUCCGCGUCCAAUCCAGAUCGUGUGAUGAUUCAUUCACGAGGAUACCAUUGUUUUCCCUUUAUUUUUCUUUAACCAGAGGUGUUUGUCAAAUUGCACAUUUUAAGCAUCCCAAAGGAAUCAACGUAAAAUUUAUCCUUUGAUCUGUACGAGUCACUAGCACCUGAUUUAUCCUUAUAAUAUCACACAUUGAGGUAACACAUGGAGGUCAGGAGGACGAAGCAAAUGAUCACUUACUAAAGAUGCUUUUUAUCGUUAAAGAGAUCAUCCCUGUAGGCAUCAUGAAAAUUUAUGGAGAAUAAUUUGAAGAACAUGUAUGUCAGGGUGUAAUAGGUUAAGAUCUAAACUGGGUGGCAAAAGGACGUAAACACGUUUACCGAAUACUUCUAUUGUCGAAAAUUUCAAGGGAAUUAUGAGCGAGGCCCUGCAUUAGAGUCUGAAACUCAGUGUUAAAAUGGUUACAAAUACAUACAUUCAUCUAUUUCUAUUUAAUUUAUUUUAAAUACUGUAAAACAAGUUAAGAAUGAGUUAAUUACCAUGGUUUAAAUCUGCCGCUCGUAUGAUAAUCGGAAAUUUUGAAAACCCGCGUGUAUUUUGAAGCUGUUUCCGCCAUUGUUUCAAAGUGGCCUUAUACGGUCAUUGGUAAUCAUUUAACAAAGCCUGCUGUAAUCUAAGUUGAUCCACUUUUCUUGGUAAGUAAAGCCAAGCAGGGAACAUGAACUAGUCCGAGCGAGGAAAAGAAACAACAGAAAAAAUAAGGAGAUAUGUAGUUAACUUGGUGCAAGGAUGGGAAACAACAUAAAAUGUGGCGUGUUGGAAGAAAUUUAAACAUGUUUAAUUCUGAAUGCAUGGGAAAUUGACGGAAAUGUUUGUUAGAAUUAGUCCAAACUCUUCGCCAAGUCUUUCAAAAUAUUUCAUAAGUCUCAUGUCUUAGAUAGUUUUUUUAUCUUUGCAUACUUUCAGAUGAGUAAAGAAACAUUGUUGCCCAUCCGCUGGUUGGCUCCUGAAGCUUUUCUGUACGGCAAGUUUAGUCUCCAGUCGGACGUAUAUGCAUAUGGUGUGGUACUCUGGGAGAUUUUCACGUUUGGUCUUCAGCCGUAUUAUGGUUAUACUAAUAAAGAAGUGAUGGAAUUUAUUCAAAAGGUAUUGUACUCAUCGGAAAAAAACCUUUCAUUUCUAUGAGAAUUUACUGCAUUCUUUUAAACAGAUGUUUGUGAACCAUGAGGUAGGGGCGUCCCGCUAGUUCCCUUUGGAGUGUAGAGGAAUACCGUAAAGUUUUUUUCAUUUGAAAUUGUCACUUUUUUGGUGUUGCUGCUUCCGAUCAUCACUACACUAUCCAUCACUCUUGUAACUGACCCAACCAUUCAACCAGCGGACUUACAUUUACCUCUUUUAUGAAUCUUUGUCUAUCUGUGAGUCUUUUUAUCCGUCUAUCUGUCCUGUCUGUCUAUCUCACUCAGUCUGUCUUUCCAUUCUGCAGGUCUAUCUGUCCGUCUACGUGUCCGUCCGGUCGUUCAUCUGUCUGUUAGUCGGCUUGUCUAUCUGCCUUCCUAUCCGUUUGUCAAUCUGUUCGUGUGUUCGACCGUCCGUUUCCGUUUGUUCAGCUCGCUAUCCACUAACUGAUUAAGUUACUAACUUAUUCCUUCAAACAGGGUAUUCAUUUAGGGAAACCAGACAACUGUCCGGACUUCGUAUAUGCUAUAAUGAAAGAUUGUUGGAAAAAAGAACCAGAGAAGCGUUUGGAAUUUACAGCUAUAGGCAUGCGUCUAAAAGACCCUUACCACGUUUAUGACGUGCCUCCCGCUUCAGAAUCUGAGGAAGAACUCGAACAAAGAGAGGAAGCAAAAGAAGGCGACGAGAUCUUGUCAUCAGGUAUAUUGCAAUUCAAGUAAUUGUACGGAAAAAGGAAAAAGAAAGCCGAUCGCAAAUUGACUCAAAAUGCCUCUCUCCACAGAGGGUUCCAUAGAAUUGUUAUAGCAACUCAACAAAAUGCUUAUAGUUAUCACUGAUGGAACAACAACUCAUUCAUCGUAAGUGGGGGAAGAGGACAUUGCUGUCGCUGCAAAAACCGGAUUUAAGCACUUGGAGUCAUGAGCCAUCUGUGUCUUUAAGUUAUUUAACUAUUAUUGUAACAUUCUUCUACCUUUAGUGGAAGUUGCGCCUCCUUAAAUUACGCGCAAACAGAUACACUUACGUUGUCGUUGUCCUAAUUUCAGACACUGGAAGCUACGACAUCACGCGUGCGAUAACGCUAGAGUCAGAUUACGACCUGCCGAGAUCAAACGAAGAUAUUCGAAUGAGCACUGCCGAUAACGACGACGACAACGACGACGAGGACAAAGAAGCUCCGAAAGAUGUUCCAGUUUGAUUUGUUUACCACCACAUAAGAACAAUCUCGUCGUUCUACAACUAUCAAAUGGACCAUAAAUGAAUUCACACUAGGCAUGUAGACUACGUUGUUAGAUUUUUUCACUAGUUGCUUUAGGAAUUAUAAAACUCGACGCAGUUUACCGUGACAUCAUUUUUGCAAUAUGUUGUAUCUUGUAUGUCAUAUCUACCCAUAUUUAGUGUUGUUUUCGUGACUGAAAUUAUGAGAUUCCGUGGGGUCUUCUAGACCUCUCUUCAGCCGCAUCUGCACCUGCAAAAAUUGCCUUAACUGAACCAAUACUUCGUUGAGAAAUUUCUCUUGGCAAUUUCUUGUCAAGGAGAAACUUUUCAAAGACACAAUUUGUCAGUGUAGAUAACUUGACGAGGAGAAUGGAGAGGACUUCAGAGAAAUUUAAUCCUACUUCAAUAAACUUGUUCAACGCUGGGGACAAGGGUAUUUUUUUCCAGCUUGACAAGUGCAUCGGAAAACAGAAUUUGCUCGUUUUAAUGCAGCUUUUCUCAUGCUUGAUGGAUUUAUCAGUCAGCAACACUCACGUGGUAAUAAAUAAUUUCCAAAAAAUAUUUAUAAUCUUGCAAAAUCAACAGACGUAAAAAAUUCUACCUGUUUUAAUCGACUUAAAAUUCAUCUCGAGGAAUUGAUUGCCUCUUAAUUUCAUAUAUUUACCUUGAAAUUAAAUUCAACUCCAGCCACCCUUAACAGUUUGUUUUUUAUUUGAUACCAAAAUCUCGAAUUACAGUGCAACAGAAUCGUUUCUCUGUCAAAACAUUCGCAAACUUUGUGAAGUUUUUCUUCUUUCUCUUAUUAAUUAUAGUCGUUAUGAAUAGAUGCUUCUGAUGUUUCGUGUUGUUUGGACCUUAAUACACUGUUAACUGCAUACAGAAACGAUGCGUUUCCCUGGCAGUUAAAUCCUAGUAAGUGAGCUGACUUAGCAUGGACCUGAGAAAUACCUUGUUUUAACAUUUAAAUUACAAAUUUUGGCCAAAAAUAUUGGACAAAAACCCCUCUUGACCACUAUACAAAUUGUAACAGUGUAUUAUCAGGCCUAAGGUAAUAUGAUACACAAGUAAAACUUUAGAUUUUGUUCUUCAUAAAAUUUUUGCACUAGGUUCGUGAUCAAAAUUCGAUCCAUGUAAUCAUUUAGUGCGGUCUUUUUUUUCAUUUCUGUUAUUUCGUAUAACUUGAUGAAGGUCAGAAAGGAAGCUAAUAGAUGGAGAAUUUAAAGAAGGCAUUUAAACACUUUGUAUUCUCUAUCAGGACGUAGUUGUAGAGACAUGAAAUCAAACUGACCAACGACUCCAUUAAUAUACCUAAAAACGUUAGCGUAUCACUGUUAGCUAAGUAAUUCUUUUGGAAUAUUUUAUUCAAACCUGCACAGUUGUCAAAUCUUGUUCUGUGACAGUUGAAAUAUGAAUUAGAUCUCAAAAAUAAGGCAAGUAUAAAACAUUUUUGUAUGUUAGUAUAGUAAUUGUAUUGUCAGAAGUAUUGAAUAGGAACAUUAUUUUAG